AUGUUUGCCACAUUAAGGCAUACAACCAAUAUCAAGCUUAGACAGCUGCGUCUACGACAAAGGGAGCUAGAUGAGUUUAGAAAAACUGUAAAUGACAAGGCUGUGGCAGAUUCCAGGGAAGCGGGCAAAGUAUUAAGCUUGCUGCAUCAGAUGCUGGAGUGGGGGUACAAGUUUACGGAUGAGAAUGAGGUCAAUGCGUUAAAAGCAUUCUUGAAUCAAGCUGCAUGGGAUCAGAGUAUAUCGAAAGAAAAAAUCAAGGAAUGGGGAGCUCUUUUAUCGAAAAAACUACAGGUCCAGGACAACCGAUAUGGGCUCUCUGAGAUAUUUUGCAAAAUUGUUCUGGAAUGGAUCCAGCACUCAUUCAAAUCUGGUGCGUCUGACUCUCAAAAGAGCGAAGAGCCGCAAAGACAAGAACUUUUUGAACAGAAAGAAGUAUGGGAGCACUAUGCGUUCAAUGAAGCGACUGUUAAUGAACAACAAAUUACCCAUUAUUUGUUGGAUCUGUUUAGUCCCAUCAUGUCAAAAAAUGCUCUUGACAAGGAGCCUUUAGAUCUGGUCCGAGAGAGAAUCAGCUCAUACGCGACAAACAAUAUCUUACAGGUGCACCGCCAUUCCAUUAAAGAGGCGGUCAACUGCAUUUUAACCGAAGAUCUUUUUUCUGCCGACAAGCGCAAAAGUUUGGAAUCCCUUAGAGAGAAUAAUAUUAUUCUCGACGAGUUGGCGGAUGUCAUUCGGUCUGAAUUGGAAAGGAUUGAAGAUUGGGAUUGGGAAAAUCAGCCUCUUGCUUUACAUAUACGCCGCCAUAUUAACGGUAAAUAUCGUUUCUAUAUGGACGUGGAAAUCAUCGAAGCUAUUCUUAUACAGCUUAUCGGUAUGGCUUGGGCCAAGGAGAUCCGGUAUUGUUUUCAGAUUAUUGUAAAUUCAGAUGCCUGGAACUCAUCGACUGACAUACAUUUGACAAAAAAAGAUAUUCGUCGCCGAAAGCGCUUCUUAGGGACUUCGACAGUUGAGGAAGAGAAAAACGAGAAUAUCCAAAAGCUUCGUCAUCUCAUGUAUAACCAAUUUUAUUUCUUGGCUCAAUUGCCUGAUUCGAGCACGUAUGCUUCCUACGACAACGACAUUAGCGACGACGACAACGGUGAUGACGACGGCGAUGAAGACGACGAUGACGAAGGUCUAGAUCAUAAAAAGAAACCGAACUCCACUGGCUUCAUCAAACAUCUAACACUCCGUCUAAUAUCAACAGAGCUGCUCAUUCAAAAACACCUGCAUGGCGAAUGUACAUAUUUCCAAACAGACUUCAAAUGGUUUGGACCGUCUAUUCCUCAUGAUACCCUGUGGGCCGUGCUUAAAUUUUUCCACUUUCCAGAAAAAUGGUUGCGAUUCUUUGAGCGUUUCCUCAAACCCGAAAUCGUUUUUGCUGACGACACUAACGACACGAAACGAAGGAAACGAGUGCGAGGCAUUCCAAUGAGUCACGCACUUAGCACAACCUUUGGCGAAAUUCUUCUAUUCGUUCUCGACUUUGCCAUUAACCAAGCAACCCACGGUUUGAACUUGUAUCGCUUCCAUGAUGACAUACACUUUUUUGGUCGACAGAAGAGCUGCAUUGUUGCAUGGGAGACUCUAUGCAAGUUCGUGAAUGUUAUGGGACUGACUCUGAAUGACGAAAAAAGUGCCUCUAUCACAUGCACUCGGCCAGGAUUUGUUUGUCCACCUUCGGCAAAGCUACCUGCUGGGAUUGUCCGAUGGGGCUUUCUGCAUCUUUCCUCAGGAGAAUGGAUGGUCGACCAAGAGAUUUUCAAAAAGAAUAUUGACGAAAUGAAGUUCCAACUCCAAUCUUGUCAGACUAUUUUUGCCUUUGUCCAUGCUUACAACACAUACAUCAAAUUCUUUGCCAAUAACCUGGGCCAUAUCGGCUGGUCACUAGGGCAGAAACAUGCCCGUUUAGCCAUGGAGUACCUUUCUAUUGUUCAAAAGUCUGUAUUUUCUGAUCUAUCGAAUGGAAAACACCAUGAUAUUGUACCCUACCUCUCUGAUCGCAUCAAGAACGAACCAUACUUGCGUGCCUCUUCUGUUGAGCUGCCCAGUGAAUUUUUCUAUUUCCCCACUACUAUGGGCGGACUCAAUGUGCACAAUCCAUUUGCCAAGUUUCUGGGUAGGAUUUCGUUAUUAUGGCCCAAUAUCGAUGAGCGCGUCGAAGGCACUAUUGAGCUGGAAAGAAAGAGUUACGACAAAGCCAAAGAAAAGUUCGAGGCAGGCUUGGGACCUCAAGACCUGGAUCCCGACGAGCCCUUUAUGUCAUACGACGAAUACGCAAAGGCGUUCGAGGCACGAGGCAGACAUCUAGCUCGGCUCUACAAGACUAUGACGGACGAGUUUGAAGAAAGUCCACCCCGAUUGUCUCUCAAUGCACAGACCUUAUUGAAAAGGUAUAGUAGCAUCCAUUUUGGCGCUCCUCCGCCUAACCUCGAGACAUGGGCUCUGGAAAUGUUUGGCUCGGACGCUUUUGAUCGAUUUGGUGACCUUAACAUUGGCGAUAAGGAGUAUCUGCCCAUUGGUUUGGUGAAUCUACUUCUAAAAGAACGCAUGCGUUGGCAAAACUGA